GGCUUGACGCUACAAUCUGCAGAGUGGCAGCAUUAUUUUUGUUCAGUGAAGUCCCGUCCUGUCGGCUGCCCCAUACCCGCCGCUGUGCCUGGAUUUUCACUGGCUUCUCAUUUUUUGGAGUUUGCCCCUUCUUCUUUUUGCAAAAGCAACUUUGACUUGACUGCAAGCAGAGAGCGAAAGGGUCCUUGGGCUGAUCUAAAAAGCAUCUCAGGAUGUCAAAAUCCUUAAAACUACAAAAGGAACAGCAGCAACGGGACCUUGAGACACGCUAUGAGAGCAGCUACCACCAAGGCUCCCUAUCAUCUGUUAACCGCCAGUCUUAUGCUGCUUAUGUGAGCAGCAGCAGCAGCAGCAGCAGCCAUGGACACAAGAUCUCAAAGAAGGAGAAGAAACUGAGCACUCUCUCUAAGAAAGAAAAGCGCUCGUACCUGGCUGUGGACAAAGAAGAAGAGGUCAUAGGAUACGUUGUGCCAGUCUUCAGAAGCAGUCAUUUGGCUACCCAGGAUCUGAUGGAGACUCAGGAGGAGGUGAAGGAGGAGGGUGUGGGGUAUGUCGUCAUGAGGAACCUGUUCUCCAGGGAGACCGACUUCAAGAUGAGAACUGUGAAGAAGUCCAGAGAGACCAGUUUGAGAGAGUCUGCUGAACGCCUGGCUUUGAGCAGGAAGAUGCAUGAGAAAGAAGAAUUCCAAAAGAAGAUGAAUCCAGACAGUUUGACUCACCCCCCAGAGUUCAUCGUGAAACCACGUGGCCAGACUGUGUGGGAGGGGAAGAGUGUGACCCUGCACUGCACGGUGGCUGGAUGGCCCAAACCCCGCGUGGCCUGGUACAAAAACAAUGUUUUGAUUGAUGCUAAGUCUCACCCUGAGAAAUACUUCACAGAAAGCCAAUACAACAUGCAUUCUCUGGAAAUCAAGAAUUGUAAUUUUAGCGACACUGCUGAGUACCGAAUCUCUGCACUUAACGUGAAGGGAGAAAGUUCUGCGUUUGCCCCUGUCAUUAUUAAAAGAUUCAAAGAAGGUGAAGAAGUGACUGAAAGGCCCCAUGGUUUCAGCCCUGAAUAUGGUGUGACCUUCAACACUACCAUCAUUGACAAGUUUGACGUUUCUUUUGGCCGUGAGGGAGAGACCAUGAGUUUGGGCUGUACAGUCAUUGUCUACCCCACUGUGAAGCGCUACCAGCCAGAGAUAGUGUGGUACAGAAAUGGUGUCGCCUUGUCACCUUCUAAGUGGGUGCAAAUGCACUGGAGUGGUGAGCGAGCCACUUUGACUCUUGUGCAUCUGAACAAAGAAGAUGAGGGUCUCUACACUCUGCGUGUCAACACCAAGUCAGGCUUCGACACCCACUCUGCCUAUGUGUUUGUCAGAGAUGCUGAUGUGGAGGAGGAGGGGGUUCCUGUAGCUCCUCUUGAUGUGCAUUGUCAUGAUGCUAAUAAAGACUAUGUGGUUGUUACCUGGAAGCAGCCAGCAGUGGAGGGCAGCAGUUCCAUUAUUGGCUACUUUAUUGACAGGUUGGAGGUGGGCACUCAUCAUUGGACCCAGUGUAAUGACACUCCAGUGAAGUAUGCCCGUUUUCCUGUCACUGGGCUUAAUGAGGGCCGCUCCUACACCUUUAGGGUCCGAGCCCUCAACAACUCUGGUGUGAGCCGCCCGUCCCGGGCAUCUGACCCUGUAGUUGCCAUGGAUCCAUCGGACCGUGCCCGCCUUAGAGCUGGUCCCUCGGCUCCAUGGACUGGAAUGAUCAAAUUCACUGAGGAAGACCCCACAGUGGGGGUGGUUCCUGGUCCAUCUACUGACCUGGCUGUCACUGAGGCUACUAAGAGUUACGUGGUACUGAGCUGGAAGCCACCCAUCCAGAGAGGACAUGAGGGUGUCAUGUAUUAUGUGGAGAAGUGCUUGGUGGGUACAGAUACAUGGCAGAGGGUGAACACCGGGAUGCCAGUGAAGUCCCCUCGCUUUGCCCUGUUCGACCUUGCUGAGGGCAAAUCCUACAGCUUCCGUGUCCGUAGCUGCAACUCUGCUGGAGUUGGAGAGCCGUCGGAAGAAACUGGGGCGACUACUGUGGGAGACAGAUUGGACCUGCCCUCUGUCCCAGGGCCUGUUAUUCCCAUCAGAAACACUGACACGUCUGUAGUUGUGUGCUGGGGGGCAUCUAAGGAGGUUAAGAAUCUGGUGGGCUAUUACAUCGAGGUCAGUGUCAGUGGCAGUGGCGUUUGGGUUCCCUGCAACAACAAGCCAGUCAAAGGCACUAGGUUUGUGUGCCAUGGGCUGAACACUAUGGACAAAUGCGUGUUUAGGGUGAAGGCUGUGAAUGCUGCAGGAUACAGUGGAAGCAGCGCCGAAUCUGAGGCCUGCAUUGUACAAGCAAGCAUUGCCGUCCCAAGCCCUCCCACCGGUGUGACCCUGCAGGAGAGGGUCCGUGACUACAUGGUGCUGGGCUGGCAAGCUCCUGCUAAGACUGGUGGAGCAGACAUCAGAGGUUACUACCUGGACUACAGAACAGUGAAAGAUGGAGUCACAAGCAAGUGGCAUGAAAUUAACCUCCAGGCAGUCACUGGCACAUCUUAUAAAGUGACAGACCUGAAGGAAAAUGUAUUCUACCAGUUCCAGGUGCGUGCAGUCAAUCGGGCUGGUAUUAGUGAAUCCUCCAUACCCACUGUCCCCUUGGAGUGCAAGGAAUGGACUGUGGCUGUUCCAGGCCCUCCUCAUGGCCUCCGUGUCCAGGAGUUGCGUAAAGACUCUAUGGUACUUCUGUGGGAACCACCUACAUUCAAUGGCCGCAGUGCUGUGACUGGAUAUUAUGUGGACUAUAAGGAAGAGAAUGGCAAAUGGAGAUGUGUCCAAGAGAGAUCCACAAAGAAUACUUACAUGAAGGUAACUGGUCUCCAAGAGGGUGUUUCCUACAUGCUGCGCGUCCAUGCUAAGAAUCUGGCAGGUGUUGGUGGACCCUCAAAGGCAACUGAUGCAAUUUUGGCUGAGACUCGCCCUGGAACCAAUGAGAUUGUGGUGGAUGUGGACGAUGAUGGUGUGAUCUCUCUGAUCUUUGAGUGCUCCGAUCUUAAAGAGAACUCUCAGUUUGUGUGGUCUAAAAACUACGAGGCCUUCACUGACACUUCUCGUCUCAACAUUCAGACUGCUGGGGGCAGGUCCAGAGCUAUCUUUAAUGACCCAUCGUUGGAAGACUUGGGCACUUACUCUUGUUUUGUGACCAACACUGAUGGUGUCUCUGCCAGCUACACGCUCACUGAAGAAGGACUUAAGCGCUUGUUGGACAUCAGCCAUGACCACCAGUUCCCCAUAAUUCCCUUCAAAAGUGAAAUGGCCAUUGAGCUGCAGGAGAAGGGCCGUGUGCGUUUUUGGGCCGAAGUUGGCAAGUUCACUUCUAACUGCCAAGUGGAGUAUGUGUUCAAUGACAAUAUCAUCCAUGAAGGAAAGAAGUACACGAUGAACUUUAACAAAACCACCGGGAUUAUUGAGAUGUUCAUGGAUUUACUGGAGGUUACUGAUGAAGGAACCUUCACAUUCAACCUUGUUGAUGGCAAAGCAACUGGUCGCACCAGCUUAGUGCUUAUUGGAGAAGAGUUUGCUGAGCUUCAAAAGAAAUCUGAGUUUGAGAGAGCAGAGUGGGUCAGAAGGCAAGGUCCUCACUUUGUGGAGUAUCUCAGUUUCGAGGUCACUCCAGAAUGUGAUGUGCAUCUGAAAUGCAAAGUUGGAAACAUCAAACCUGCCACUGAGAUUGCCUGGUUUAAGGAUGGAAUUGAGAUUGAAGAGGAUGAUGAGGAUGCUAAGAAGAUCAGAAAAUCUGAUGAAGUGUUGAUCUUUGACAUUGGCAAGCUUGUUAUUAAGAGCGAAAAGGCACAGCAGAAAAAGAAACCCACAACCGAAGAAAAUCCAAGCAAACCAAAAAUUUCAAAGAAAGAUGCAGGAGUAUAUGAGGUUAAACUGAAAGAUGAAAGAGGAAAGGACAAAACUUUGCUGAACCUGACAGAUGCAGGUUAUCAAGCAGUGAUGAAUGAAGUAUUUAGAGUUAUUGCCAAUUCUUCAACCGAGCUCAAGGUUAUGAGCACAGAACACGGAAUCAUUCUCUACUCAUUCGUUGUGCACUAUAUUGAAGAUCUCCGUGUUGGCUGGCUUCACAAAGAAUCAAAGGUCUCCCAUUCAGACAGAGUGCAGUGUGGAGUCACCGGAGAACAGCUGUGGCUCAAAAUUAACGAGCCCACCGAGAAAGAUAAGGGCAAAUAUGCCAUUGAUAUCUUCGAUGGCAAAGGCAGCUUCAAGAGAGUUCUUGACCUGUCCGGACAAGUAUGGGAGGAAGCAUUUGAAGAAUUCAAGAGGCUGAAGGCGGCAGCCAUAGCAGAGAGAAACCGUGCUCGUGUGGUGGGCGGCCUGCCCGAUGUAGUCACCAUUCAGGAGGGCAAGUCUCUCAACCUCACUGGCAAUGUAUGGGGUGAUCCAGUUCCCGAGGUCAGCUGGGUGAAGAAUGAUAAACCGCUGCUGCCUGACGAUCACUACACGCUGAAGUUUGAGCACGGCAAGUUUGCCAGCAUCACCAUCGCUGCUGUUGCAACCAUCGACUCGGGCAAAUACGCCCUGCUGGUGAAGAACAAGUAUGGCACAGAGACGGCAGAGUUUACCAUCAGUGUCUACAUCCCAGAGGAUGAAGCAGAGAAGAAGGAGUAAAGACACGCACAGAGGGAGAGAGGGGGUUAACAUAUGACCAGUAUACCAUCCAAAGCAUUUUAAUUCAAAGCAUGCCCAACCCACAGUGCAAUAUUGUAUGGUUUCCCCUUAAAUAAACAUUUAAAUUAACAUAAUUUUCCCAAUGUGAGCAAUAUUAGCUUCUAGGCUUUUCACACGAUACUUAACCCAGGGUUUAAAGUUCAUCCAAAAAUUCAAAUUCUGUCAUGAUUUAAACACCUUCAAGGUGUUUGAAGAAAACAUUCUGAAGAAUGUUGGUAACCAAUUGAUGGUAGCCAUUGACGUCCAUAGUAUUUUUUUUUUACUGUCAACGCCAGUGGCCAGUGUUGACUGUUUGGUUUCAAACAGUGUGCGUGCCAUGAGGAGGCCUGGCCCAGCCACUUUGGUCCUUGUGCCUCCCUCUAAGAAUGCAAAUGCCCCCCACCCCAUAGUUUGUGUGGACCGGUGCCGAACCUGGUUAUCAACAUUCUUCAAAA